GGACGGCCACCACUGCUGAUCCUGCUGCAUGGUUAUGGCAGCAACGAAGCCGAUCUGUUUGAGCUCAGGAAUGCAUUUCCUGAAAAAUACCUGAUCGUUGCGCCGCAGGCGCCGGUGGCUAUUGGCAAUAAUGCCUAUCAAUGGUACAGCAUCAAUAGCAAGCCUGGUAGUGUUCCAGAACAUUUGCAAGCCAGCACAAUCAAACUGAAGGAGUUUAUCGCCGCAAUCGUCAAAAAGUACAAUGCUGAUCCGGCCCGGGUUUACCUGGCGGGGUUCAGCCAGGGUGCUGUGAUGAGUUAUGAAGUCGGCCUCUCGGCUCCUGCACUGGUGACUGGUAUCGGUGCCUGGAGCGGCAAAUUAUUACCUUCAUUAAGAACGGUUGUUUCGGUUACAGCACCGCUGCGCAAACUGCGCAUCUUUAUCGGGCAUGGCACACGUGACGACCGGAUCCCUUAUACGGAAGCGGUUUCUGCCAAUACCUUUCUCAAAGGCUUAAAGCUUUCGCCAGAAUUUCAUACUUAUAACGGUAUGACUCACCAGAUAAAUGAUGCCGAGCUAAAGGACUUCCUGCAAUGGCUGGAAGAUAAAUAA